AAUCUAAAACCGAUAUAUCCAAUGACUCACAUUAAUUCGUUUUAUAAAGGUAAAGGCCAAUUACUCCUAGUCAUUGAAACCGGUCGAUAGAACAUCUUCAUUUAGCUAUAAGAUGUGGCAGUGACAACAGUGUGGUAGUUUUAUUUAUUAGGCUUAUUUAAGUAAUCGUUAAAAGGCUUAGGUUAAUGUAAGUGACGAUAUAGUAAGUAGCAAUAUGUGGUUCUCUAUUAAAUUCCUAACGCUAUUGGCCUAUACAAGCGCCUGCAAUAUAAGCGAAACCAAAGUUAGCGGGUCCCGUGCCCCGAAAUCUGUGUGUUCGGGAGAUUUGGUAUUUGAAGAUAACUUCGACGAGUUUGAUUUUGACGUCUGGCAACAUGAAAUAACUCUGUCUGGAGGUGGGAAUUGGGAGUUCCAAUACUACGACAACAACCGAACUAACUCGUACACUCACGACGGUGUGCUGUUCAUCAAACCCUCGCUGACGGCAGACCAGUUUGGGGAGGCUUUCCUAUCGAAUGGGCGAAUACAAAUUGACGGUGGAACAACAGCGCAUAGAUGCACCGAUUCAUCUUCUUGGGGCUGCGAGCGUAUCGGAACACCCACAAACAUUCUGAACCCAAUUAAGAGCGCUCGAAUACGCACGGUAGAGUCCUUCAACUUCCGCUAUGGCAAAGUGGAAAUUAGAGCUAAGAUGCCCGCUGGAGAUUGGCUAUGGCCAGCUAUCUGGCUGCUGCCAACAAAAAACGCGUAUGGAAACUGGCCAGCCUCAGGUGAAAUCGACUUGGUCGAGUCUCGGGGUAACCGCAAAUUAUACAAAGACGACAAGAAUAUUGGUGUCGAAGGAACCUCAUCGACGCUUCAUUUUGGUCCGUUCGGAUCCUUGAACGCCUACCAUCUUGCUUCAUGGACUCGCAACAACCCAGAGGGGUAUGACAAUGAUUUCCAUCGAUUCCAACUUCUUUGGACACCAGAUACUCUAACAUUUAGCAUAGAUGACGUUGUACUUGGAAAUGCUACACCGGGCAGCAACGGUUUUUGGGAUUAUGGUGAAUUUCAGAAUUACCCAAAUAUUUCAAAUCCCUGGAGAUAUGGGUCAAAAAUGGCACCGUUUGACCAACAGUUUUACCUCAUUAUAAACCUAGCGGUAGGUGGAGCCAAUGGAUUCAUGCCCGACGACGCUUCGAACCCGCAACCUAAGCCAUGGUCAAAUCAGUCACCAACGGCCGCUACCGACUUUUGGAAGGCCAAGGACAGUUGGCUGCCAACAUGGAAUCAGCACAAAGAAGAUGGGGAAGGCGCUGCUUUGAAAGUGGACUAUGUGCGAGUUUGGGCCUUGUAAUCAUAUUUAAAAUUAAACAAAAAUUUUAAUAAAAACUAAUUUAA